UUCCAGUCAGCGCAGUGCCUUAUCUCAGACCACCCCACUGCCAACCUGCACCCUGAGGCCCACCCCCCCGAACGUCAAUCCACGUCCAGUCUCCGCCCCCCGGCCAAGCGCGCCGCCAGGCCCGGAGUCGGAGCGAGGGAGCAUGUUUUUGGCCCACAGGAGGCUCUGUUCUCUUGGCACUGGAACAAAAUUCUUGAAGAAAAUAUAUUCUUCAGAAAUCCCUGGAUUCUCUACUGCUGCUAAAAUGUCUUUGAAAUUUAAAAAUGCAAAGCGGAUUGAAGGAAUUGAUAGCAAUGUGUGGAUUGAAUUUACCAAGUUGGCAGCAGACCCAUCUGUUGUAAAUCUUGGCCAAGGCCUUCCAGAUAUAUCCCCGCCUGCUUAUGUAAAGGAAGAAUUAUCAAAGAUCGCAACAGUCGACAGCCUGAAUCAGUACACCCGGGGCUUCGGGCAUCCAUCACUGGUGAAAGCUCUAUCCCACCUCUAUGGAAAGUUUUAUCCAAAUGAAAUCAAUCCAAAUAAAGAGAUCCUUGUGACAGUGGGAGCAUAUGGAUCUCUGUUUAAUGCCAUUCAGGGACUAAUUGAAGAGGGAGGUGAGGUUAUAAUAAUGGUGCCUUUUUAUGACUGCUAUGAUCCCAUGGUGAGGAUGGCUGGGGCAACACCUGUUUUCAUUCCCCUAAGAUCUAAACCUCCUGAUGGGAAAAAGUGGUCUAGUUCUGACUGGACAUUUGAUCCUCAAGAACUGGCAAGUAAAUUUAAUUCCAAAACUAAAGCCAUUAUCCUAAAUACGCCUCAUAAUCCCCUUGGCAAGGUAUAUACCAAAGAGGAACUGCAAACGAUUGCUGACCUUUGCAUCAAACAUGACACACUCUGCAUCAGUGAUGAGGUUUACGAAUGGCUUGUGUACCCUGGAAAUAAGCAUUUAAAAAUAGCCACUUUUCCAGGCAUGUGGGAGAGAACGAUUACUAUAGGAAGUGCUGGGAAAACUUUCAGUGUCACAGGAUGGAAGCUUGGUUGGUCCAUUGGUCCUCAUCACUUGAUCAAACAUUUACAGACAGUUCAACAAAACAGUGUUUAUACUUGUGCAACUCCCUUACAGGAAGCUCUGGCUCGUGCUUUUUGGAUUGACAUCAAGCGCAUGGAUGAUCCAGAAUGCUACUUUAAUUCUUUGCCAAAAGAAUUAGAAGUAAAAAGAGAUCGUAUAGUUCAUUUACUUGAAAGUGUUGGCCUAAACCCCAUAGUUCCUGAUGGGGGAUACUUCAUUAUAGCUGAUGUGUCUUCACUAGAUGCAGACCUUUCUGAUAUGAAGAGCAACGAGCCUUAUGACUACAAAUUUGUGAAAUGGAUGACUAAAAAUAAGAAACUAUCGGCCAUCCCUGUUUCAGCAUUUUGUAACCCAGAGGCUAAAGUGCAAUUUGAGAAGUUUGUGCGAUUUUGCUUCAUUAAGAAAGAUAGCACACUGGAUGCUGCUGAAGAAAUCAUCAAGGCGUGGAAUAAACAGAAAUCUUGAUAGAUGCAAAAUGGUCAUGGUUAUCAGAUGACUUAGCACGGAAUUGUUACUCGGUACUACCAUCUGCUGGAUGGUGGAGAACAAACUAUUUCAAUACAGGAGACAAAUAAAUUAAGAAUAUUUGCAUUAUUUUUCCACAGUAGGAAUGCUAACUUU